AACUGGUCAAUUUGGUUUGAAAUUCAAUUGAGGAACAUAAGAUCACAACCUCAUAUUUUUCAUGAACUAUCAUAGACAAAUAGAUUUAUGGUAAAGUAUCCAAAUAGCUUUUGUGAUUAUUGAUUAGCAAACAGUGGAAAAAGCAGUUUCAUAAAGUAUACAUUUACGGAAGAACUAGCAUAUAAAAUAAACAUUGAGGGUUCAGAAAACAAAGAAAGUCGUUCAGAGUCAGAAAAUAUGUAGCAAACAUUUUAUAUAUGUUAAUAUUUAUGAGGACCUAUUAAUAAUAUAAAAAUGUCUUUUAAUUAAGAAAAAUAAGUGUAUUUUAUUGUCUAGAUAAGGCAGCGGUAGAACAAAGUUCAUGGAAACUAAAAGGUGUAUUAAGAUAGUACAUUUUUAGCAAUCUGACCGCACAUAUGCUUGUUAGUGGACUUAUGUGUGAAGAUCAAAGGAUGGUCAGAUAAUUGUAGGAUAAGUUAGACGGAUGUGUAAUGUAAUCCACAUUGUUGUCCUUAUUACCUUUGAUUCCCUCCCAGUUGACCUUCAUUUUUUCAUAUAUAAAUUUCGUAACAAAUGAAUAUGUGGUCAGACUUCAAAAUGUAUUGUGCUAAUAUAUUACAUAGUUUUGACAAAGUGAUUUUAUUACAUCAUCUAAAUUUAUCAGGACUAGUUUUUUUUAAAUUUCAAUGUUUGGUUAUUUCCAUAACGUCUCUGUGUUACAUUUCUUUUUCAGACUUUAAUACUUUUGCGAACAUAACCUAGAUGCGUUCAGUACCUUUACGAUCUUUCAAUGACUUUUUAGGCUUUGGCGCUCGAUACAGUAUACCCAAAGAAUGUAAAUGGAAUGGACGAAUGGUUUCAAAUCUAAUUUAUUAUCAGUCGAAUUACUUUUUGUUAAGCUUAGUUAUAAUAAUGUUACUGAGCGCGCUUAAUCCCAUUCCCGUUAUAACAGGACUUCUUGUGAUAUGCUUACCCUUGAUGAUCCUCCUAUUUUUAGAUACACAAACCCUUAACACUAUUAACCAACCAAAGAUACUUGUACCUGUAUGUAUUGUCAUCGCCAUGUUACUGAUUCGUUUCAUAUCUGGAAUCAUCUUUUUCUUUUGUGUUCUACUUGUUCCAGUACUAACAGUAUGCCUUCAUGCCCUCUGUAGACAACGUAAUUUAAAGAACAGAGUUUGUAAACUUGUGGAAUCAGUUCGCUCUGGAGAACAAAAGACACUAAUGGGAUAUAUGCUGGAAGUAUUUGGUGUAGAUGUACGACUGCUGACUAUUGAUAAUUAAUCGAAGAUCAUCUUAAUUAAAGGAGAUGCAUCUUUUCAUUGAACAACUCAUUUCGUAUUGUUUCGUUCUUAUUACUGUUGCUUUGCUCAUAAAUGAAAUACUUGUGUUGUUCCUGUGAACUUUAGACUUAUUUAUUGCAUGCAUACUUCACCAAACAAGUUUUAACUCGUCUCAGAAAUAUACAUAUAUUGAUUGUAA